AGGGUGAAGCAAAGAUUACUCAAAACAGAGGAAAAACAGAGUAAACAGAGUAAAGAGCUGGUUUGAUCUUAAUGGGGAACUUCUGUCCUGGCUCUGGAUCUUCCACUGUUCAACAUGAACAGAGCCCUGCCUCCACCAAACCCCUCCCAGUGAGACGUGUCCACAACCCAGAGAAUAAAAAGUUUCCACCGGCGCUAGUGGCGAUGCCGGCGUUAAAUCCCAAGUUUCCGGCGCCGGAAACAGGACAUAAAACGAGACCUGCCGCUACCCCACCUCGUGAAAAACCGCAACAGAGGACGAGAUCCGUCGCAACUCCACCUCGUGAAAAACCGCAGGAGAAGACAAGAUCCGUCGAAAACCCACCUCGGGAAAAACCGCAGGAGAAGACUAGAUCCGUCGAAAACCCACCUCGGGAAGAACCGCAGGAGAAGACGAGAUCCGUCGAUAAUCCGCCAUUAAAGCCGGUGGAAAAAUUGGGUUUAGGAAGAAAAGCAGUGCCACCGAGCGGGAAGAUAGUGACACCAAAUCUAAAGAUGUUUACAUUAGUGGAACUUAAGACGGCUACAAAGAAUUUCCGACCAGAGUCUGUGAUCGGAGAAGGUGGAUUCGGACAGGUUUUUAAGGGAUGGGUGGAUGAGAAAACAUUAGCUCCGUCGAGAGCUGGCGUCGGAAUACCAGUCGCCGUUAAGAAAUCAAAUCCUGAUAGUGAGCAAGGCUUACAUGAAUGGCAGUGUGAAGUGAGAUUCCUAGGGAAGUUUCAUCAUCCAAAUUUGGUGAAGCUCUUGGGUUAUUGCUGGGAAGAGAAUCAGUUCCUUUUGGUCUAUGAGUAUUUGCCUAAAGGAAGCCUUGAAAAUCACCUCUUUUCAAAAGGAGCAGAGGCAUUGCCAUGGGACACACGUUUGAAGAUAGCCAUUGAAGCAGCCCAAGGACUUACCUUUUUGCAUAACUCCGAAAAGAGUGUUAUCUACAGAGACUUCAAGGCUUCCAAUAUUCUUCUUGAUUCCACCUUCCACGCCAAGCUUUCAGACUUUGGACUAGCUAAAAAUGGCCCCAUUAAUGGAUUCUCACACGUGACCACACGUGUCAUGGGCACACAAGGCUAUGCAGCUCCCGAGUACAUGGCUACAGGUCAUCUAUAUGUGAGGAGUGAUGUUUACGGGUUUGGAGUGGUACUCUUAGAGCUCUUGACCGGUUUAAGAGCAUUAGACCCAAACCGACCAUCUGCGCAACAGAAUCUUGUGGAAUGGGCUAAACCGGUGCUGAACCAGAAGAAGAAGGUACAGAAAAUGAUGGACCCACGGCUCGAGCACAAAUAUCCACUUUUGGCAGUGGUCAAAACCGCCGAGCUUAUUCUACGGUGUCUGGAGGCUGACCCGAAAAACAGACCGCCAAUGGAUGAUGUGCUCAGAGAACUAGAAGUCGUAAGGACUAUCAGAGACCAACCCAAAGAAGAGAGACGUAAAAGGAGUAGUGGUUCUGAUAAUAACCGGGUUCGUGGAAAUGAUUCACCGUAUGGCCGUAGAACCGGUAGAACCGGAUAGUCAAUUGGAUCAGGCAUAUAUGUAUACACACUAUAUACAGACGAACCACCUUUAAUCCUUUUUUUUCUUUCUGGUAGUGAAUUAUAUGUUAUUAAUUUCUAGACUUAGUGAAAUAUUUGUUGUACACUGAGUCAAAAUAAAGCCAUAAUUUAUAU